AUGGCCGGACUCACGGCGCAAUUAUCAACUUUGAGAGCCCAGAGGAGAGCUCAACUGGCCGAUAACGACCAGCUUGUGGCGUACGAGGAGGAAGCCAUGACGCAACGUCGCAAGAGGAAGCAGGCCGAGCAGAGAAACCAGGUGCUGAAGCAGGCAUUAUUCCAGCAAACAGCCUUCUUGGGAGGCAUGAGAGCCUUGAUGGGAGGAGGAGGCUUACCCUGCUCCAAGACGCUCGAGUUUCAUGACUGGGUGCACUCGUACACAGCGUUAGCGUCGAGAGACGCGCUGGCCAGAAGGAAGGAGUACGUGGCUCACUUCCCCAAGAGCAAGAUGGAACUCGCUAACAACCUGGUGCUCAAGAACACCGAGGGCGAGACCCAGAGACUGCUGGCUUGGGGACAAGUGUACUCGGGUAGUGUGAAAAUGCUGCACGAUGGAACACGUGACGCCCAGUUGCUGGGUGACGGAGACACGGACGUCCUGAUGCGAGAGCUAUUUAACACCACGACCAACACUCCGACCAACACUCCUCAUUGUUGCACAGCGGACGAGGCUGGUGAUGGACGCGUGAUCAAGGAGUUCACUUCGGUCUUUUUGUUCAAAGAGACGCCUCAGUGCACGCUCGAUAUGAUACUGGAUCUCGUGUUCACGAGCAUGCGGUCCAUCGGUGUGUACUACCCGGGAGUUGCGUACCAGUCUCGAUCGGUGGACGAAGUGUACCUAGACGAAGGCGACGGGGUGACCAAAUCGCGUAUCUAUUACACUGAUUUGGCCGCGUCGAUGGAGCCCAUUCUGGAAAUUAACAGCGCAACUCGGACGGAGGAAUGA